AUGAGAUUGAUUGUGCGAUUAGUCAAAAAGGUUUCGUUGAAGAGUCGGAUAUCUCAAAAAUGCGUAUUACAAGAGGUUGUGAAGGAAACUUUCCGGUUACAUCCGGUUGGUCCGCUUCUCAUCCCGCGAAAAUCUGAAUCCGAUGUGGAGAUUCUUGGUUUCAUGGUGCCUAAGACACUGAGGUUCGUGUGGGCCAUAGGAAGAGAUAUGAGUGUGUGGGAGAAUCCGACCAGGUUUGAGCCAGAUAGGUUUUUUGGGAAAGAAACUGACGUGAGAGGUAGAGAUUAUCAGCUGAUACCAUUUUGGCGCUGGACGGAGGAUUUGCCCAGGAUUGCCUUUGGCUGUGAAGACUGUGCCAUUUGUGCUUGCUUCUCUUGUCUAUUCCUUUGA